CUUGGCGAUGGAGGAGAAGGCUCUCCUCGUCCAUGUCCGCCGAGUAUUGCAUCAGGCCGCAGACAGUCUACGAAUCUCUCGAAUUUCAUGAACUUGAGUCUCGGAAUAGGGGCUUCUUCUUCCUAUCUGCGAGAGGCGAGGAGAAAACGUGGUUGCCCGUGUCGAUGUCGAUUUAUUAGUGCCGUGUUGAGCAUCCAUCGGUCCGGGAUCCUGUCAAGCGUAGAGCGCGAAACACGGUGCAGUUCUCACACAUGGAGCUCCGACGAUGAGUCAAAGUAAAUAUUGGAUAUUUUUGGAGAACAACGAUUUCAUUCCCCGAUUCUGAUCAUUCCAAACCUGGCCGCCAAUGGAUCCAAGCUCAGAAAUUAGUCUCCUAGAAAAUGGAGAGACCCUCAGAGGACGAUGGACGAUAAAUGGUCGAAUCGGAGGUGGUGGAUUCGGACAAAUCUACGAAGCCUUCGACGAAGUCAACCGGGAGUUCGUAGCCGUCAAAGUUGAGCCGCGAAACGCUUCGAAGCCCGUUCUCCGAAUGGAAGUGGUUGUUCUGAAACGACUCCACGGUUCUCCCUACUCAUGCAGCUAUCUCGGCUGCGGACGUACAGAUAACAUUAAUUAUUUGGUGAUGCAAAUGCAAGGGAAGAAUCUCUCGGAGCUGCGGCGGGCCCAGCCAGCUCAGAAGUUUUCCGUAUCCACAUCUCUACGACUAGUCUACGAAGCCUUACAUUGCAUCGAGGCCGUUCAUGCGGAGGGUUUCCUGCACAGAGAUGUCAAACCUUCAAACUUCGCAAUUGGCGCCUCGAGCGCUACAUCGAGAAAAGUUUUCAUCUUGGAUUUCGGUCUCGCGAGACACUUCAUCGAUAGUCAAGGCAGACUACGGAGCCCACGGAGCAGCGUCGGGUUUCGAGGCACGGUUCGCUACGCAUCCCUAAACGCACAUCGAGAGAAAGAGCUUGGCCGGCACGACGAUCUCAUCUCUCUGUUUUACAUGGCGGUCGAGUUCUUAUUUGGUAGCCUCCCGUGGAAACGCCUAAAGGACAAAAGCCGCGUGGCAGCCUUAAAGAAGCAAUAUACGGCGAACUGCUUACUCGGUGGGAAAUUCCCGGAGCUCGAAAGCAUCUACAAUUAUCUAGAACAGUUGAACUAUCAUACGAAGCCAAAUUACGAAAACGUCAGAAAAGCCCUGUGUCGGUGCAUUUUGAACAACAAGGUUCGGUUCGACGACCCGUUCGAUUGGGAACAGCAAGACCAGCAGUCGAGCUACUCCUCGAGUUACUUCGAGUCCACGGACGGUGGGGUUGGUGAGGGAAGGGCACGCGGUUUCGACUCUCAUGGGAACGAAGGAAAGUUAACGAAUUAUCGUGAGCCAACCCCCUCAGAACGAAUGCUGAUAGAUGAGAAUCCCUUGAAUGACGCCGAAUAAAUAUCGAUGACAGCCUCCUC